UCAUCCUGAUUUGCUUGUGCAGUGGUUUGACGUACAGUAUUUGCAUUAAUCAGUCGUUUAUCCAACAGCAUUUCGUGCAUUUCCCCAUCUUUUUCCUAACAGCAAAAUGUUUUGUUGUUGUUGCAGCACUUUAAUUGCACAAACUCAGCUUUCCAGUAUGUGAUUGAAUCCCUCACACAAAACACUCAUAAUCUGGAGGCAACCCUGGUCAUCCAGACCUGUCAUAUGUGCCUAUGCAUUCCACGCCAUUAAAAACAAACAACUUUACAUAUUUUGUAUGUGACACAUUUUUUGACAAGUUCCCAAACAUUACAAAUAAACUGAUGCUGGCUAGAAUUCUAAAAUCCACUUGUAUUGGCAGAGCUCCACUUGUGGCAGAGUCCCCUUCAAAGUCCAAAUAAAUAUAUCUUUUCUCAGAAAUAAGAUCUGUUUCUCUUGGUAUGGAAUACACAGUAGCCAGCCACCCCAAGAAAAUACCACGGAAGGAUCAAAUACAACAUUUUAAAUAUAAAUAGGAAAUAUUUAAUGGAUGCAGAUUUACUUAUGUGCCUAAAUAAUUUUCCCUGAAAAACUGUUUUUUUAUUAUUAAGUACACAUACCGCCCCAACUUCCAAUGAAAGGAUCAGUUUAACUCUGCUUACUUCAUUAUGGAUUUUCCCUCAAGGGAGUGUGUCUGUAUCUCAUUCCUGUAACAUAAAUUCGCACAGGAAGAGCUUUUUCUGUGGCAGACAAUGGUAUACCAAAGCACUCCAUCCCCUUUUGUGCCCAUGCCUAGAUAUUCAGUAGAUGUUUUUGUAAAAGUAUUCGGCUACAGUUUUUAGCACUAGAGUUACAGCAUCAGUUGCACUGAUGAAAAUCAUACUGUUGAAAGUAGCCUGAUUUAGAAUUUUACGCCCUGGAAACAUACAUGUCUCCAUUCUUUUCACCAAGUAUUGUAAUUCUGCAGAGAUAAACUGGGAUUGCUCAUGCCAUGCGAAUUUGAUAGGCACAGACAUUGCAGAAUGAAGACACUGGGUUAUGAAAGCUUGCCCAUCGAUAGACAAGCUGCUCUGAGCUUCACACAGCAGCCUGCAGAUAUACUAAUUCACCCUGGGUCUUUGAUAUGAUAAAUUAGUGUGAAGGAGAGGUGCCAGUCACCAGUCAUACAGCUGGCAUUUGCAAAACAGCCAUAGGAGAGCAUCACUCCCCGUGAUGUUCCCGAAUGUUUUGGGAGCACACGUAUCUCCCUCAUACUUUCCAUGAGAAUAAUAAUUAGGAUGCUGAUGAAUUAAUUAAUCGGAUUUAUUGAUUAAAGGCCUUUUUGACUGACUAAAAUGUAGCCCACCUAAUCAGGACACAGAUGUUUCCUCCCUCUUAAUGUUAAUUAUUAAAUGUUCCUUUUUAAUAACUCUGCAUGGCAGGCAUCAUUAUAGAUGAGACCGUUCCCUUCCUUUAAAAGAUGCUUCUCACAAGAUGGUGUCUGCUACAACAGAUUUAUGUGGCAUCUGAAAACAGAGAAAGAGAGAGAGCGCUUUCUUAUCCCUACAAAAUAAAUAUUUUAUGUACAUGCAAAUAUAUGCAGAUGUAAUUAGUUAAAAUUCAUACCGCCAGGGCUUCUUUUCAGCCAAAACUCACCGGAACUCAGUUCCGGCACCUCUAAGGUCGGGGCCAUUGCCAUUCUAAGAGAACAAGGGAGGCAUUAAUGGUGAGUUCCAGCACCUCUUUUUCUAAAAUAACAGCACUGCAUACAGCUAAUAUAUUGAAGCUGCAAUUCUGUACUCACUUACCUGAGAGUAAACCCUUUUGCCCUCAGUAGGACUUAGCUCUGAGCAGACUUGGUUAGGCUUCCACUGUAAGAUUUCUCUAAUCUAAAAAAAACAAUGUGGGCUAGAAUUAUUGAGGCAGCAUAUGAAGUGCUUUGAUUACUUGGAAAACAUGCUGUGUUGGCUAAGCCUGUGUAAUACUCUCUCCUCAUGAAAUAUUGCGUGUUUUCCUUCCUCUUUUAAUCAGCAAUAAAAGUCCAUUUAAACUUAACAGGAGUAAGACUGCACUUUGAACCCUCAGCUGGUAGGAAGAUUACAGAUAAGGAAUUCCCCACAUGCUGAAAAUGUCAGCAUUGUACAACUCUGAUAGGAUUUUCAGGGUCAGGAGAUGUCCUGCGAGCUAUGUGGUUGCUUCGUGAAUGAGAUCUAGGCAACAGCCCACCCCAUUUCCAUAGCUGAGAUGUGGAAUUAAAGGAAGUUUGCAGGCAGAAACAACAUGAAGCCGGUAAUCGUGGUUCAUGGUGGAGCUGGUCGCAUCUUUAAAGAUAGGGAAGACGGGUGUCGUUCUGGUGUCACCAGAGCAGCGCUGAAAGGUUACGGUAUCCUUAAACAUGGAGGGAGUGCAUUAGAUGCAGUUGAAGAAGCUGUGGUAGUAAUGGAAGAGGAUCCACAUUUUAACGCAGGUUGUGGCUCUGUGUUAAAUGAGAAGGGUGAAGUGGAAAUGGAUGCCAUUAUCAUGGAUGGAAAAAAUCUAGCCUCCGGAGCAGUAUCUGCAGUGAAAUGUAUAGCCAACCCAAUAAAGCUCGCUCGCCUCGUCAUGGAAAAGACAGACCACAUGUUGUUGACGGACCAGGGCGCCUCUGCCUUUGCUAGAGGCCUGGGAGUUCCUGAGGUUCCUGGAGAGAAACUGAUCACAGAAAGGUCACUGGAGAGAUGGAAGAAAAACCUUGAGGCUGAUUCGAACCCUCAACAGUUUCAAAAAGACCUUGGAACAGUUGGAGCUGUUGCUAUCGACAGUGCAGGAAACGUUGCGUGUGCAACAUCAACAGGGGGACUCACGAACAAACGCGUCGGCCGUGUUGGUGAUACAGCGUGCAUAGGAAGUGGAGGUUAUGCAGAUAACAAUGUUGGUGCCACUUCUACCACAGGCCACGGAGAGAGCAUAAUGAAAGUUGUUUUGGCAAGACUUAUCUUAUAUCACAUGGAACAAGGAAAAUCACCAGAAGAUGCUGCUGAUGCUGCCCUAGAUUGCAUGAAAACUAGAGUCGGGGGAUUGGGUGGGGUCAUUGUGAUCAGCAAUUCAGGAGACUGGGCUGCACGAUUCUCCACCCAGGAGAUGUCCUGGGCUACAGUCAAGGAUGACCAACUGCACUGUGGCAUUCAUGCUGGGGAGUGGCAUACACAACCUGCCGAAGAAGCUAUUGGCUCCCUGGGAUCCUAAGCAGAAGUGAAGGAAGUGGAAGUAAUGCAGCACAAUCAAGAUUAUAGACCUUUGUCGGAAACUGAAUCUGUUAUCCCCUUUCUGAAAGGACCUUCCCACCAAAUUCCAGUUCAGAUAUUCAUAGUGCUGGUCUUUUUGCAGCCAAGCUAAAAUCUAGAAGGAGACAUAGUGGACUUAAGGAUGGCUUUUGUGAGCAUAUAUAAGCUAUCCAAAGGUUUGGUUUCUUAGUCACAAAACUGAAUUGCAGAAAAGUGACUAUGCACAUCUUAUAUUGAAGGCAGCUUCUCCUAUAAUGUAAUUAUGCUGGGAAACCAGUGUCCAUAAUAGACCAAAAGUAGUCUGGUGUCCCAGAUCACAGUUUUGUUUUUAUCUUAUGUGCCCAUGUCAUAAUCCUCUGUAUCCCUCCAUCAUGUCUCCCUUGAACUGCUCACCUGGGCUGCCUGCCUGCCUGUAUCUCUGUCCUCUGGAUCUCUCCUACCCACCUUUCCCGGGCCACUUGCCUAGGUCAUCAUCCUGCCCAUCUUCCAGUUCCCUCGCCUGGGCCUGCAUCUCCAUCCUCUGGAUCCCUUCUACUCGCUUUGCAUUGGCCGUCCACACUGCUGCUUGUAAUGCCACUUGUCUGUUUAUGGAAGACAAUCUUACUCGGCUACGAGUGACCACAGAAGAAGAAGAAGAAGAAGAAGAAGAAGAAGAAGAAGAAGAAGAAGAAGAAGAAGAAGAAGAAGAAGAAGAAGAAGAAGAAGAAGAAGAAGAAGAAGAAGUGAACUGCAGCAUGAUAACAUCCCCCCUGUGGUUUUAUUUUUAUAUACUGGAGAGAAAAUCUUAGAGUUGGAAGGGACCUUGAGGAUCAUCUAGUCCCAUGUUCUGCUCAUUUCAGGAGCAUUUGUUAUGUAAACUUUGAGAAGAACUGGGAUGAUCACAACCAUAGGUUACUCCCAAAUGCUGUAACUGAAAUAUUAAGAAAUUUGCUUACAUUUUUUCCCUACUUACAGUCAGUACAGAAAAGAAAGUAGGGACAUAAUAAUUCUCAUGUUUAGGGAAACAUGCAAAAGAAUUAAAAGUUUUGUUUUGAGAUAGCAGACUUCUUGAAUAGAUUUCAUUUGAUUGUAUGACAAGUCAAGGGCUAAGUCAAAUAAUAUGAUAGGUGUCUUUCUUGAAGUAGUAUAUUAAUUGCAAGAAUAAGCUGCUGUGCAUAAAGUUGCACUAGUGUUUAUAUGGUAAUAUGUUUUUUGAGGUACUUAUAGUACCGAAAUAGAAAUUUACAGAGUGAAAUGUAUUUUCUCAUGGUAAUACUUACAAGGAAGAUGCUUCAUUUUUAGGCAAGGUAUUUGUAAUUUUAUCCCUUGCCUUUCUUUUUAUUCUUUUCAUGCUAAUGUAAUCCAGUAAUUUAAGUCUUAUUUAGAUAUUGCCUUGAUCCCAUACCACUUUUUCCAUCUGGGAAAUAAUCAAUGCUAUGUUGAUGCACAACAUGUUCUUAUGAAAAUAAAUGCCAAUAAAAUCUAGUACGGCAUAUCUUAAAA